AUGUCCAAAAACUCCAUCUUCCCACUUGUCUAUGACGUUCUUACCGAGAUCUGCUUCAGCGAUGGCUUGUCUCCGGCAGAUCUGUUGGCUCUCGCGCUGACUUGCCGAUGCUUCGAGCGUCCCGCCCUCGCCGCCCUCUGGCGGUCUCUCAAAACCGACUAUCCUCUGGUCACCCUUUUGCACGCUCUCGAAAUCACGAAGCCGCGGGACAUUCCACCCCAAGAAUUAGUCGAAUUCGCGGCCCACCGGAAGACUGCCACCCACAUCCGAUCCGCACACGACCUCCGCUCUCAUCCGAAAUGGGGCCGCUUCAAGAUGUACGCGCGUUUUGUGUGGCAGAUUCGCAUCUACACUGGUCCCGAGAAGCGUAUACCAUCCGUAUGGACGGAACUCGCAGCUCUCCUUCCAGGGGAUAUUUCAAUACUCCCUGCUCUUCGUCAAGUGACUAUAUACCGGCCCGCAAAGGAGUUCAACCUAGACAGUGCCGAAGACAGGAGCCAGUUCGUGUUGCUCACGCCGAAUGUCCGCUCAGUGGAUCUCGUUCCAUCAUUCAACGCGGACGGAAACAAGGCCGUCGCCGAAGCCCUUCACACCCGUUGCCCUUGCUUGCACGAGGUCGCGCUCAAGUGCUCCACGUGGCUACCCCUCCUUUCCAAGUUCUCCUACAUCAGGAGACUCACAGUCCGCCGGUGGGAUGCGCGCAUUGGAUUCACGGAGAUGCCCGUGAUGAGUACCUGGUUUGCACUUGAGUCCCUUGAACUUUUCAUUGAAGGAUUCAUUGUCAGAGAGAGCGAACAACUACCUCCGCCCCCACCUCCCUUCUCCCUCCCUGCUCUCAAGAAGCUCACCAUCUACGACCCGCGUCAAAGAAAGGCGCUCCUCCCCCUCCUUUCCCGGAUGGAUCUUCCUGUUCUCCACACGCUCGUCUACGACUUCGACCCCUUCGCUGUAGGGAGCAACAUUCCCAAAACCCUUCUUAGCGCCGUCUUCCCCGCGUACCCGCACAUCUUCGAGCUCGAGCUGGCCUUCUCCUUGGAAGAGGGGUACACGAUAUCCCCAACGUCGCACAACGUACGGCUUUCGGCCGUGGUCUCUCCCCUCGCCCCACUCCAAGACCUCCGCGCGCUCAAAAUCACAGUACGAAGUGACACGUUCGCUUACAACUCCACCGACAUCCUCGCGAUCGCGGCCGCAUGUCCAGCACUCUUGGAGCUCCGCGUCGAGAUCGAAUGGGACCACUACUACUUUUACGAAGACCAGGAAGUGCCCGGGUUCAGGCCCGAGCAGCCAACGCCACUGACGGUCCUUGAAGUCAUCACGGCGUCGACCCCCAAGCGCGUGUGGUAUGACGUCUCGCCCACGUCCGACGACCACGCGUGGUACAAGGAGACGGCGACGCUGGACGUGCUCGCGGACCUCGCGCGGGCGUGCCCGGCGCUGCGCGUGCUGCACCUCCCGCGGACCGCGCUCGACCUCGACACGCUGGACGCGGCGGUUGUGCGACCGCACGGCGCCUUGCGGGAGCUCCGGCUCGGCAUAGUCGAGUGUCGCGCGGGAAGCGGGAACUGGCGGGUUCGGCGGAUGCAGAUCCUGCGCGGGCGGUGUUCCAUCAUAAACAUCAAAACCACCGGCUCAGUCUGA